AAAUUAUCACCUGUCACACACGGAGACGUCAGGCUAAAUAUAUCUCGUUACAACAGCUGCUCGGGUACAUGCUAAAUGCCAUAUAUGUCCUGGGCCUUAAGUUGGAAGCUCACAAUCUGUGAGCAGUCAUACUUGAAGGAUGUGACCAGGGCAGUUCCUUUAGAUAGGUACUAGUUUUGGGGACAUAAAACAGUUUUCAGAACGAACCUGUGGAGACUCAUCAGCUUUGGACUAAGGCUAUGCAAGAGAACGUAAGAGAUGCUUUUUUCGAAUAAGUAAUUAAAUCAAUGUACACACUUCUUACCCUAGGAGCACACAGUUUUAUCUUUCCUGCAAUGAGGAAGCGUUAGGAACUUCCACCAUGCACAUAACACAGCUCGAUCGGGAGUGUCUUCUGCACUUGUUUUCUUUCCUGGACAAAGACAGCCGGAAGUCCUUAUCGCAGACCUGCCAUGACUUAAUGGCCAUUUACCAAGAACCUUCAUUGUGGCUCCUGCUGAACUUCAGCUCCCCAUCUGAGCUUACAAAGAAGAAUUAUAUCCUGGGGCCAGCUCUGAAACAUUUAUCCAUUUGUUGGUAUUCUAGUCGUGUGAAAAUAUGCAACAUUGAAGACUGGGGGAAAAGUGCCCUGCAAAAGUCUAUGUGCAACCAACAUCAACACAUAGUCAGUGAUUUCCUACUGAGGGUCUGUGUAAGAUGCCCAAACCUGCGCUCAUUGACAUUAUCUGGCUGUGCACAUGUAACGGAUGACAAUCUCAUCAAGAUCCUGUCCAGCUGCCCCCAACUUCAAAGUCUCCAACUAGAGAACUGCUCUGGAAUGACUGACCAGACAUUAGCCGCGGUCCCCAGUCUUGCCACCUGCCUUCGGACUCUCCACGUAAACUUCUGCCGAAAUGUGACACAGGAUGGGCUCCGCCGGCUGCAGGAAAGUUGCCCAAAGCUCGCCAUUCAGGCUGUCAGAAGCGCAAACAUGAUUGCAGACAGGAUUCCUGAAGCAAACCUUUUUCUGCAGAGGACUCCACGUAAACUCAUAUUGCGGUAAAGGACGGAAUGAGGGGAGUUUUACACAAAGUGCUCUGUAGUACUACUGUUUACUUAGUGUGUUUGUUUACAUGCUAAGUGCUCUAAAUCCGUACAAAAAACGUGCCAUUCU